UCAAAAUAUCCAAAACUUUUGCUUACGAUUGUACACACAGGUUGAUAUUAUGAAGGUUGUUGUUUACCACUUCUUGAAGACCUUCUGAAUUGAUUGCCUCGUAGCGGUAAAAUUAUUAAAAAUCGUACGUGGUAGACUUAAAAAUAAUGUCAAUUCUUGUGUCAAAAAUUAGUACAAAAGAUCUUUUGAUAACUGAUCGUGAAAACAUUAGAAAAAAAUGGGGUAAGACUAAAGCGGACGUUGAUGGAGACAUUAAAAUUAUAAGAGAUUGGUUAACAACACAGCCUCAUCUGCCAGAGAUACCAAGUGACAACAUGAUUGAAUUCUUCUUAACAAAUUGUAAAUAUAGUAUAGAAAAAACCAAACAAAAUUUGGAUAUGUACUAUACAAUCAGAGAUAUGUUACCGUACAUAUACAGAGGGAAAAAUCCAAAUUCAGCUUCUGAUAUGGAUGUAGUCUACAAUACAGGGGAUAUUAUUUAUCUCCCAAAAUUAACACCAGAGCUCUACAGAAUAUGUUUGGCAACAUUUAAUGAUACUGAUUUUGAAAAUAUUGACAGUAGAAGACUUUUUAUACAUCUUCUAGCUAAUACUUACGAAGUAAGAAUACAUGAAGACCUAGCGAUGGGAGAUAUUUAUAUUAUCGAUUUCACUAACUUAAAAUUUAGAGCUGUUACUACAACGACACCUAUGUUAUUAAAACAUUAUGUAUAUAUUUUGGAGAAAGUAAUGAGUAACCGAAUGAAACAGUUACAUUUUUUGAAACCACCUUCAUUUAUAAGCAAUCUCUUAGCAAUAGUCAAGAAUUUUUUGAGUGCCAAACUGAGAGAGAGGGUAAUUACACACAAAUCUGUAGAAAGCAUUUUGAAGUACGUUCCACUAGAACUCCUUCCUACAGACUACGGCGGAGAAGAAAAAUCUAUUAAAGAACUUGCAGAAUUAUGGAAAGAGAAGAUGGUAGAAUAUAAGGAUCGUUUUGAGUUUUUGGACACAAUGAAAGUAAAUGAAGAUCUUCGUCCAGAAAAACUAAAAAAUGAUGAACUUUUGGGAUAUCAUGGAAACUUUAAAAAGUUGGAUGUUGAUUAAUACGAGACAUAACAUCACCCACCAUAAUAUAAACAGCUACUUACUCUAUUCGUCUUAGGAAUAUUAUGUAUAAUAAAUAAAUUAAUAAGUCAUAUGGUUUUCCACAUAUUCCAAAAUUAUGACGUAAUAACGAAUUAUAAAAUAGUAUAUUCUGUAACAAAGUUAGAAUAAAAAUUUGAUACGAG